CCUCGCAGCGGGCGCCGGGGGCUGCGGGCGGUGCGGCACCGGCCGUCGCCUUCCUGCUCGGUGGGGGGCGCCGCCAGCGCCGCGGCACGGCGAGGUGAGGUUUCCAUACUGUUGGGGUUCUUUGUUUUGUUUUUUUUUCUUGAAAUGGUAGGGCUAGGAAACAGCUGCCGAGGGAUGAAGUCUCCACCUCUCCUCGUGGCUGCGCUCAUGGCAUGCAUCAUUGUUUUGGGUUUCAAUUACUGGAUUGCAAGUUCUCGCAGUGUGGAUCUGCAGGGUCGGAUCAUGGAACUGGAAGGCAAAGUUCACAGCGCAGCAGUGGAGAGGGGUGCUGUGGAGCUCAAAAAGAAUGAAUUCCAAGGAGAGCUAGAGAAGCAGCGACAGCAGAUCGACAAAAUCCAGUCCUUGCACAGCUUUCAGAUGGAAAAUGCCAACAGAGUACAUCAGGAGGAGAAGGCAGUGCUGAUGAGUAACAUCACAGUAAAUGACCGACUGAUCCAGAGUCUACGAGAAAACUUGAAAGAGUUACAAACAGAAUAUGGGAAGCUACAGCUGGAUGUUUACUGGUUUCAGAAGAACCAGACUAACCUUCAGAGGAAGUUCUCAUAUGACCUGUCACAGUGUAUCAACCAGAUGAAAGAAUUAAAAGAACAAUGUGAAGAAAGGAUAGAUGAGCUUACAAAAAAGGGUAGUGAUAUACCACAAAUCAAAGCAAACAAAGACUUCUCAGAAGAUUCAGGAAGGAAUAGCCAGGUCAAUAUUCAACUACCAGCCUUGAAGCAAACCGAGUUCAGGCAGGCUGACUUGGAACAGCAGAAACCCAAUGAAGAUGUGCCUAAAGCAGUACCUACAAUAAAAAAGAUAGAUUUGCUGCAGGCUAAAGAAAGAAGAAGCGGCCUAGCUGACAUCAGAAGACAGGAGCCUAAGGCAGAAGAGGAGAAGCUUUCUAGUCAACUGAAAAACCUGCAGGAUUCACUCAAGGCUGCUGCAGGUCAUAAGGAGAUGCUGCCUGAGUCAGAGAAGGAGCUGACUCCAUCUAAAGAUGAAAAACAUGUAGCUGGGCAAGAUGCAUUACAGCUGGCAGCAGAGCAGGCUGCUAGUGAGGAAAUCGAGAGGGAGCAGCUCCUAAAUUAUGAUGCUAAGCAGGAUGACUCGCCCACUGGAAAGGCUGACAAACAGGAACAUGAAGCACUGAACCAGGACAGGGAUAUUGCUUACAAUUUAGAUGAGAAUGAAGCUGAAUCAGAAAUGGACAAGGAAGCAGCACUUGCAGGGAUUGAAAAUGUUCAAAACCCUGAAGAUAUGAAGAACCACUUAUCUGUGCAUGAUGAACAACAGAGAUUGUGAACAAAGGAGGUUCAUCAUGCAACCUAGUCACCUCUUCAUAUAAAUGCAGCAAUGAUGACAGCAAAGUGAUCUGAAAAUGUUUUGAUUAUCUUCUCAAGUCUUCAAUAAGGGCCCAAAUGAAGUAGUAUUUUCUUGUGAAGUUUUAGUGCUGUUUCAGUGGUGAAAAAAAAUCAUCUUAAAUCUCUGGAGGCUUGUUUUAAAACAUCUUGACCUCUGCAAUGACUCUUUCCUUCCUACCAAUUACAGUAUUGAAACCAGCUAGCAAUAAGUGUAGUAACUUUGAAGUUAGCCAACUUGUACAGUCAUACUGCAGUAACAAUAUUUGCAGAUUGGUAUAGAUGAGAAAGAGUCCUCUGCCAAGGAUGGCUCACUCCCCUGAGCAAUGCAGUAGAGAAAUCCCCAGCCAAGUUCUACGAGGAGCUUAAGACAAGCUGACUUAACCUUGACAAAACAUGGGAAGGAUGAAAAAUGGCCCAUGGUGCCUAUUCUGCUACAUUUUUUCUGCAAUGUAGAUAGACUCAGAAAGCGUGAUUGUAGUCCUCAGAUAUUACACAGUACGAUAUACUUUCCUGGGCCUUCUAAAUGAAAUUGCUAGCUUACACUAUCUGUAACCAGGCUGAAACACUAUCCUGGUUGUGUUCUCAGUGUUUAGGUUAAAAAAAAAAGGAUUCUGACAAUAGUGUCUUCUCAUUAAGAGAUGAGUCAGGAAGAUUUUUCUGAAAGCUUUGUUGGACUCCUGUUCACAAGAUCAGUACUAUGGUAUGGUUCAGUUACCACUAACUUGCACAAGUUUAAAAUGUAAAAAUUCAAACUCCUGAACUUUUUGUAACGAAGCCAUCUGAAUAGCUGUGCUAGGACUGCCCUUUACUUCACCCAGCCACUAUCUUCUGCUAAAAAGUAGAAAGGCAAAUGCUUGCCUUGUAGAACAGCAAUCAUCUCAGCUGUUCAAAGUGACUAAUCUGCUCUGCCAAACUUUUGAAGAAGGUAGACCUGACUGCAUUUACCAGACAUCUCAGUGGCUCCCACAGGUGAAGCUGUAGUUGUUGUGAAGUCCUAGGUUAUGCACAAGGUAUAAAGUUGUUAAUGUUCUGUAGUCUUUGUCUCUUCUGUAACUUGUUGAAUGUAAACUAGAAACUAGUUUACUUGUGAUAACUUAGAAAUACCCUCUGCUACCACUAAGGCACCCUUAACUGCAGUCCAGCCUGCAUUGUGUCUAGUAAGAUGUUUUGAAGAUUGUGUCUGUUCUCAAGACUGACACCUGUCUGGAGCAAUCUUUGCAAGUAUGAACCAACCUCUGUUGAGGCAGCAUGGGAGCAGACAGACAUGACUAACUUCCCAACCAGCAAUUCCAUUUAAGAAAAUACAAAUUUGUCUUGGCUUUCUCUUAAUGCACUUCAUUUUGUAACUACUUCUGUGGUGUGUCAUUCCUCAGUCUACUAGUUUACAGCUCCUGUACCUGAAGAUGUCUAAAUAUGCAAGCGGAAGGUUGAUUCUUUUGUGUAUGAGAAGAGUGUUAGUUAUCAGAGUGAAAGGGAGAGCUUAAGUUAAAUGGUGCCUCUUAAGCCUAAAUACAUAAACAGUUAAUUGAUAGACUUGCCAUGUGUGACUUGAAUUCUUCUAAGAAAAGCACUAACUUCCAUUACUGAAUUCUUGGUUACUCAUUUUUUUUCACCACUUAAGUCAGACUUAACUGGUCUGGGCUAAUACAGUCUAUAUAGCAGGGAAAACAAAUGCCUGUAAGCAGGAGAGAAAAGGAAGUAUAAGCAUCUCUUCUAACUGACAAGUAUUGGGCAACUUGGGCUAUUAAGGUGGGGGGUUUUUUUGCAAAUAAUGGCAUAUUUUAAGAUCAAAAUGUUUACCCAUAUUCUUAGUAAAAGGGGCAUUUUCUUAGGACUUAAUCUGUAAAGAAUUAUAUAGCCGAGAUGAAGUUAAUCAGGAGUUUAAUAGUGAUUGUUUAAAAGCAUAUAUUCUAACAGUAUAAAAUGUACAGUGAAACACUGUAUUCAAGUUGAAUGAAUGCCUUUAACUUGAUACUGGUAAAAUCCCAAACAAACAAACAAAAUCCAUAAGGUAAUUAAUAUAUUGCCAUAGAAUUCUUUUAAAAAUGAGUUGUUUUGGCUGUAUUUCUGUACACUGCCCAAACCUGACUGGGCUUCUUGCUAACCAGCUAGAUGUUGUCCUCUCCAUAAACAAGACUACCUUUGUACAAAGGACACUUGUUACACCUCUGACAGUAGUGGGUCUGAAAACCUGCAUAAGAGCUACGUUCAAAACCAUAAAGGAGUGCAGUCUUACUCUCAACAGCUUCAAGUGCUGCAGGAAUGUAACUAGGGUAGUAGAUUUCUAGUAGACAAGGGGCCUGUAUGUCUACUAUAUAGAAUUAGAAUUUUAAAAUUAAAGGACUUCUAGUUGAACAAAACAAGAGAUUAAUUUGGAACUGUGGUUUACAUAGUGUUGUCUAUCACUAGAAUUUUUAGUUGUGCAAGACAGGGAAAGCUUCUUUGCUGUAAUCAUCUUGGAGUUAAAUUAACACUUGUCGUUGAUGUUUUUUUAAAAACUAAGCCUGAUCGUAUUUUAAAAUAAAAAUAGUCUUCUCUA